AUGGCGCUGCGCUCCCAACCGCCGGCGCAGGCGACGGGCUUCCGCUUCCCGUCGCGAUGGCGCGGCCCGGGGCAGCGCGGCGCCUGUAGCUGCUCGGCCCGCCUCCCCUUCUCCUUCCCCCCGUCGCUUAUGGCGGCCCCGCACCCCGAGAAGCUGGAGGGCGGAGUCGGCCCCGCCCCGCCGCCCCCGGGCCCGCCGCCUCCGCCGCCACCCCCGCCGGGCAGCCUCUCCGCAGGCCCGGGCCGCAAGCAGGGCAAGGCCGGCCUUCAAAUGAAGAGUCCCGAAAAGAAACGCCGGAAGUCCAACACACAGGGCCCCGCUUAUUCCCACCUCUCGGAGUUUGCCCCACCGCCGACCCCCAUGGUCGACCACCUGGUGGCCUCCAACCCCUUUGAGGAUGACUUCGGGGCUCCCAAAGUCAGUUCGGUCUCCGCCCCUUUCCUCGGCAACCCCGGACCUUUUGGGAACUUCCGCAUGCAAGGGGCCAUGGGCCCCCAGGUCCCUCCUGGAUACGGGGGAGGCCCCCAGCCCAUGCGGAGGCAGCCUCCCCCCUUCGGCCCUGGCCAGAUGGGCCCAGCGUUCAACAUGCCCCCCCAGAACGCUGGUUACGUUCAGCCCGGUGGGAUGGGCUUUGGCGGGCAGCCCUUUGGGCAGCCCCUGGGGCAGAACUUCAGCCCCCCUGGCAGCCAGCUCAUGCAAGGACCAAUGGGGGGCUUUGGCCCCAUGAUCUCCCCCACCAUGGGGCAGCCCCCACGAGGAGGAGACGUGGGCCCGGGGCCCGGCCUCAACCCUGCUGGGGGUCCUCCGAUGGCCCAGCGCUUCAGCCAGCCAGCAAAUCUUUUCGGACAGUCACCAAUGCCGCGCCCCAACCAGAAUCUCCCCACCCUCCCACCCAAUCCAAGCCCCUUUCCUGGGCCCGACCCGGGCUUCCCUCCUAGCGGUGAAGACAACGGAGGCGGCAAGCCCCUCAACCCCCCCUCCAACACCUUCAGUCAGGAGCAGCACACAGGCUCGCCGGCAGCCGUGAACGGCACCCAGCCAACGUUUGCGCCCAACAACACAGGGCACGGCGGCACAGGCACUCCCGAGGCCAACAGCCUCCCCCCUCCUCCCGGCAAGACCGCCGGCAAUUCUGGCCAUCAGCCGCCCCCUGGACUGGUGUACCCCUGCGGAGUCUGCCGCAGCGAGGUGAACGACGACCAGGACGCCAUCUUGUGCGAGGCCUCGUGCCAGAAGUGGUUCCACCGGGAGUGCACGGGCAUGACGGAGAACGCCUACGGGCUGCUGACCACCGAGGCCUCAGCGGUGUGGGCCUGCGACUACUGCCUCAAGACCAAGGAGAUACAGUCGGUCUACAUCCGGGAAGGCCUGGGGCAACUGGUGGCUGCCAACGAUGGCUGAGCAGCAGCGGGUGAGCAGUGGACAGGUGGUGCCAUGAGCUACCCUUGGCAGAGACGGUGGCACCUCAGAUUUUAUACCACUAGACUCUCCUGGGCUCAGAUUGGGCCACGAACCCAUGCGCGCACACACACGGAUUAUGAGCAGCUCGUCUGUGGGGGGAGACACAAACCGUGACUUCACUGGUUGGCCAGAAGAGCCCCUUCCUCAUGAGACUGGUGGAAAUCAAAGCAGAGACCCCGUUCGUUUAUAGAAUCCUUGUACCCUUCGGAACCAGGGGUGGGGUGGGGCUGUUCUCAUCGCAGCGAGCAGCUUUGAUUCCCCCAAACCUCUUUUGUCCUGGAUAACAUUGCGAGCGGGUGGUUUCGUAGCAGAUCUGCGUGGAUGAUCCACAGUGUAGCAUUCAUAACAUUCCUGUCCGGAGCAGCCAGCCUGUGCCCAGGGAUCCAUCUCCGUCGUUCCAAGCAGCGGCCGGACUUUGUGUCCCGGGGCAGCCCUCUGCUCUCAUCCCUCGCCCACACGAAGUUGGAUGGUUUUGCGGAAAGUUGCUAGCAUUCUUCUGAUUCUCUCUGAGCCGCUGCGGCGUGAUGCUCGGGGAGCUGGCAGGGUGGGAGCAGCCAGUCACAAUCGCUGCCGUCAAAGUUUUGACCACUUCUGCACUGAUGUGUCGGGUCUUUGUCCUGUCUGGUUCUUCCAAAGAGGAGGAGGGUCCAGUUCCAGAACUCAGCUUGGUUCCUGCUGGUGCUGAUUUAUCCUCCGACACACAUUUUUAAGAGUUUUGUCAGCUGCAACUCACCCAAGCGGGACUAUUUGGGGGGACGUGUCAAGUCGGCCAUCAGAAGGUUUUGCCCCAGAGCUUUUGGGAAACAGCUUCAUGUGGGAGGACGGACAACUCUUGCCCGAAAGACUCUUGCCGGGCCAGGCAUUCAAACACAGCCAUGCAGGAGGAACUCCUGGGAUUUUUUAAAUGUUUGUUUUUUAAAAAUCUUUUGAUGUUUUGAUGGAUCUCCCCAGCCCUGGCUUUUAUUUUUUUAUUUUUUUAUUUUGGUCAAGUGAUUACUGGUGUGAUUUUUGUUUAAAAAAAUAUUUUUUAAUUCUUCUGGAACUUUUGACAGCAAAAUAAUUUGGCCAUGGAGGGUGGGAUGGGACGGAUGGGGUAUAGUUUGGUCCAUAUACAUGAGAACUUCCCACUUUUUGUUUUUAUGUGUGAUCAUUAAAAGG